UUGUCAAGUGGUGUGAACAUUGGAAGUGGUCUCGAUUUUUCCUAUUUAUUGGCUCAAUUUCAUCAGGGAACAUUCAAUCGAUAACUGAAAAGGGUGAAAGAGUUGUUGACAGCUGCCAUUAUCAAAUAUUACCUUACGGAGGCUCUUUUCGUGCAGAAACUUGCUUGAGGAAUGUCUGACUCGGAAGCUAGCAACAUGUCUGAUAGUGGGUCGGAUGUGGACAGCGCAGCAUCCAAUCGGUCUCGGCAGUCUAAUCGGUCACGCUCUGGCUCUCGUUCAAUCUCCCGGUCUAAAAGUCGCUCCCGGUCUCACUCAAUGUCGCGAUCUGCUUCGCGCUCUCGAUCACGAUCAGCUUCUGCCUCGGAUGGAGAUGUGCGUCAAAAGAAGAAGAAGCGAGGAAGAAAUCGCCACGACGAUGAGGAAGUAGAAGAUGAACAAGAACCUGAGGGCGAGGAUUUGGACUCUGAGUAUGAUGAUGAGGAAGAGGAGGACGAUGAAACGCGGCACCGGAAGAAAAGAAAGAAGGAGCGCUUCGGAGGCUUUAUCAUUGAUGAGGCGGAAGUGGAUGAUGAGGUGGAUGAGGAUGAUGAGUGGGAAGAAGGCGCUCAUGAGAUAGGCAUUGUGGGCAAUGAGAUUGAUGAAGUUGGUCUUACGGCAAGAGAUAUUGAGAUCAGACGGCGUGGCACAAAUCUAUGGGACUCACAGAAGGAGGACGAAAUUGAGGAGUAUUUGAGGAAGAAGUACGCUGAUGAGCCCGCCAUGAGAAAACACUUUGGUGAUGGUGGCGAAGAGAUGUCUGAUGAGAUUACCCAGCAAACCCUCUUGCCUGGCAUUAAGGAUCCAAAUUUAUGGAUGGUGAAGUGUCGCAUUGGCGAAGAGAAGGCCACGGUGUUGUUGCUGAUGAGAAAGUUCCUCACGUACCAGAAUACUGAUGAUCCUAUACAGAUCAAGUCUGUAGUGGCCCCAGAGGGUGUCAAGGGGUACAUUUACAUUGAGGCCUUUAAGCAAACACACGUAAAGGCAGCUAUCUCAAAUGUGGGCAAUCUGCGGAUGGGUCAGUGGAAGCAGGAGAUGGUGCCGAUCAAAGAGAUGACGGAUGUGCUGAAGGUUGUAAAAGAACAAGUGGGUCUGAAGCAGAAUCAGUGGGUGCGACUAAAGCGAGGUCUCUACAAGGAUGAUAUUGCCCAAGUUGAUUAUUAUGAUUUGGCCCAGAAUCUUGUUCAUCUAAGACUCUUGCCAAGGAUUGACUACACAAGAAUGCGUGGAGCCCUUAGAACAACCCAAACAGAAGCAGAUGACGCAAAGCGCAAAAAGAAGCGUCGUCCAAUGGCAAAACCCUUUGACCCAGAAGCCAUCAGAGCGAUUGGUGGAGAAGUGACUUCAGAUGGAGAUUUUCUAAUCUUCGAAGGUAAUCGUUACACACGCAAGGGAUUCAUGUAUAAGAGCUUCACCAUGUCUGCCGUGCUGGUGGAAGGUGUUAAGCCCACAUUGGCGGAACUGGAGCGCUUCGAGGAGUCGCCUGAGGAGAUCAACAUUGAGCUAGCCGUAUCAUCUAAAAGUGAUCCUACGAGCGCUCACAGCUUCUCAAUGGGUGACAAUGUUGAGGUGUGCGUUGGUGAUUUGGAGAAUCUUCAGGCCAAAAUUAUAGCCAUUGAUGGAGCCAUGAUUACGGUGAUGCCCAAGCAUGAGGACCUCAAGGAUCCUCUCAUCUUUAAGGCCAACGAGUUGAGGAAGUACUUCAAGACGGGAGAUCACGCCAAGGUAUUGGCAGGACGAUAUGAGGGAGAAACUGGAUUGAUUGUGCGUGUUGAACCAUCUAGAGUUGUUCUUGUAUCUGAUCUCACGAUGCAUGAACUGGAAGUAUUGCCCAGAGAUUUGCAACUUUGCAGCGAUAUGGCUACUGGAGUGGAUUCUCUUGGACAGUUUCAGUGGGGUGAUCUCGUUCAGCUCGAUGCUCAAACUGUGGGCGUGAUCGUGCGUCUCGAGCGUGAGAAUUUUCACGUGCUUGGCAUGCACGGGAAGGUGAUUGAGGCCAAACCGCAAGCGCUGCAGAAACGUCGUGAGAAUCGCAACACAAUGGCUCUGGACUCUGAGCAGCAGCAUAUUCAUCGGAAGGACAUUGUGAAGGUGAUGGAGGGUCCACAUGCUGGGCGUGAUGGAGAGAUUAAGCACUUGUAUAGGAAUCUUGCCUUCCUUCACUCACGCAUGUACACAGAGAAUGGUGGCAUAUUCGUGUGCAAGACGCGUCAUUUGCAGUUGGCGGGUGGUAAUAAGAAUCACACGAAUGGAUUGGGAACCAUGGGCAUGAUGGGCUUCAUGUCGCCACGGAUUCAAUCACCAAUGCAUCCGUCUGGAGGACGCGGGGGCGGACGUGGUGGUGGCAGAGGAGGACGUGGUGGAGGAAGAAUUACUCGCGAUCGUGAAAUCUUGGGGAAAAGUAUCAAGAUCACAGGAGGCCCAUAUAAAGGUUCUGUGGGCAUUAUCAAGGAUGCCACGGAAUCUACAGCUCGUGUGGAGCUUCAUUCCUCUUGUCAGACGAUCUCUGUAGAUCGUAAUCAUAUUGCUGUUGUUGGGGCACCGGCUGCUGCAUCGCCAGCCUUCACUCGUACUCCUGGACGAACACCUGGCUAUGGCUCUCAGACGCCUAUCUACAGUGGCUCCAAGACACCUCUGCAUGGCUCGCAGACACCACAAUAUGACAUUGGCAGCCGCACGCCGUAUGGUUCUCAAACGCCGUCACAUGAUGGAAGUGCUACGCCGAAGCACGGUGCUUGGGAUCCCACUGUCACUAACACUCCAGCACGUAGUAAUGACUUUGACUACAGCAUUGAGGAGGCAAGCCCGAGUCCGGGCUAUAAUCCAAGCACUCCUGGCUUCCAGAUGAAUACACCGUUUGCCCCACACACGCCCGGCAAUAUGUAUGGCUCGGACAAUAGCUACAGUCCGUACCAGCCAAGCUCAAGUCCGAGCCCGAGCACUUAUCAAGUGGGAUACAUGGCGACUCCGUCGCCCUCUGCAUAUUCUCCAGUGACUCCAGGUGGAGCACCACAGUCACCAUAUAAUCCACAAACCCCGGGCGCCAGUUUAGAUUCUCAUCUGGGUGACUGGUGCAGCACGGACAUUGAGGUGAAGAUCCGAACACAUGACGAUGUCCUCCUUGUGGGGCAGACUGGAAUCGUACGCACGGUGAAUAAUGGGGUAUGCUCUGUGUUCCUGCCGGAGGAGGACAGGAAUGUAAGCGUGGUGAGUGGACAUUUGGAGCCAGUGGCGCCAGGCAAGGGAGAUCACUUCAAGGUGAUUCAGGGUGAGAAUCGCGAUGCCAUUGGAAAACUUAUUGAAUUUGGAGCUGACAGCCUGGUGAUUCUCGAAGGAAAGUCCAACAAGCCGAUUUAUAUGCAAAGCCAGCAUCUCUGCAAGAUGGCCAAGUAAACAUUAGGAUGGGAUA